GAGAGAGAGACAGAGCAAGAGAGAGAGAGAGAGAGAGAGAGAGAGACAGAGAGAGAGAGAGAGAGAGAGAGAGAGAGACAGAGCAAGAGAGAGAGAGAGAGAGAGAGAGAGAGAGAGAGACAGAGAGAGAGAGAGAGAGAGAGAGAGAGAGAGACAGAGCAAGAGAGAGAGAGAGAGAGAGAGAGAGGGAGAGAGAGAGAGAGACAGAGCAAGAGAGAGAGAGAGAGAGAGAGAGAGAGGGAGAGAGAGAGAGAGAGGGGUAAUAAAUAGGCCAGUGGUGGAGUGAAAUACACAAAAACAGCAACAGUGAGUGUUGUGAUUAAAGCAGCUUAAAGAUGAAAGUCAUUAACCUGGGUCCAGAUCCGUCUCUGGCGUAUCGUCCCGAGCUGCUGCCCGACACCGGGACAGAGAAAUCUGCCUUCAGAAACUUCCAGAGCGGAGAGCUUUUUGAACGUGUGUUUAACACGUACAGACUGAUGCACACACACCAGACGCUAGACUUCGUCAGACAGAAGCAUGCAGAGUGGGCGGGUUGCACUCACACUCGUAUGACUGUGAUGGAGAGCAUCGAGUGUUUGGACCAGUUGGUGGAUGAAUCUGACCCUGAUGUCGACUUCGCAAACUCCUACCACGCCUUCCAAACCGCCGAGGGGAUCCGCAAGGAACAUCCUGAUAAAGACUGGUUCCAGUUGGUUGGUCUCAUUCAUGACAUCGGCAAAAUCAUGGCCUUAUGGGGAGAACCUCAGUGGGCUGUAGUGGGAGACACGUAUCCUGUAGGCUGCCGCUUUCAGAACUCCAUCGUUUUCAGAGACUCGACGUUUGGGGAGAAUCCAGACAACAAGAACGACACACUGAACACAGAAUGUGGGAUUUAUGAAGCUCACUGUGGACUGGACAACGUUCUGAUGUCCUGGGGACACGACGAAUAUUUGUACCGGGUGAUGAAGUUUAACAAGUGUCCGAUUCCUGAAGAGGGUCUGUACAUUAUCCGCUUCCACUCGUUCUACCCCUGGCACACACACGGAAACUACACACACCUGUGUAACGACAAAGAUCUCCGUAUGAUGUCCUGGGUCAAAGAAUUCAAUAAGUUUGAUUUGUACACUAAGAGCACGGACCUGCCUGACGUGGAGCAGCUGAAGCCGUAUUACCAAUCACUCAUCGAUAAGUACUGCCCCGGAGUCCUGCGCUGGUGACCUCGCUGAUCUUACACAGGAUGUGCUUAAAGCAGCUGUGUGUAACUUUCACAGCUGGCUGAGAGAGGAACUGCACUUACACUUGAAAACAAUCAAAACUUGCAAUUACAUACACCUUAUGAGAUUCCUUUAAAAAUAAAUAAAUAAAUAAAUAAGGAAUGUGGGUGGGGUUGAGUAGGUCUUCCUGGGUUGGGCCCGGGGCUGAUUUCAGGGCCAGAAAAAUGUCAAUUCAAGUGUGAAACAAAUGAAGAAAAUCAGAUGUAUGGUAAUAUCCCAAAUCACAGCUUUCAAAGGCGUUAUUACAAUGAUACGAGUAUAAUGGGUUUAAAGAAUUGAAAAUUUUACAAUCUGCAGCUUUAAAGAAUCAGAUUUGCAUAAAAAUCUUGGCACAAACUGCACUGUAGCACAUAUUAACAAAUUUACUGUUCAUACUGUAAGAUUCAUGACCGUAUAGACCUCCAUAAUCCUGUUUAUGAAUUCUAUAUAAUACAUUAAAGCAUAUAUUAGAAAUAAAAGCAAUCAUUUCUACUUC